UGAAUUAGCUAGCCCAGUAGAUGAGGCCCAUUAGCCCAACAAGGUCCAGCACUUACCAGUUACCACUCCUCUGCCCCCUCUCCCGAGCCGGCGGCGGCACAUGGGCGGGAGCCUCGCCCAACUGCUCCUCUCAUGCCUCGCCGGCGACCGCCUCCGCCGCGUCCUCCCGGCGGCGCACGCCCGCGCCGUCGUCUCGGGCCUCCUCCCGGACCUCUUCCUCGCCAACCUCCUCCUCCGCGGCUACUCCAAGCUCGGCCGCCUCGCGGACGCCCGCGCCCUGUUCGACCGAAUGCCAGGCCGCAACCUCGUCUCCUGGGGCUCCGCCAUCUCCAUGUACGCGCAGCACGGCCGCGAGGACGACGCGCUCGCCCUCUUCGCCGCCUUCCGGGCUGCCGCCGACAACGAUGGCGAGCCGCCCAACGAGUUCCUGCUCGCCAGCGCCCUCAGGGCCUGCGCGCAGUCGAGGGCGGCCCGCUUCGGCGAGCAGGUGCACGGCGUCGCCGCCAAGCUCGGCCUGGACGCCAACGUCUUUGUCGGGACUGCGCUGGUCAACCUGUACGCCAAGGCUGGCCGCAUCGACGCGGCGAUGCUUGUCUUCGACGCGCUGCCGGCGAGGAAUCCGGUCACCUGGACCGCGGUGAUUACUGGGUACUCUAAGGCUGGGCAGGCUGGGGUUGCCUUGGAGCUGUUUGGGAAGAUGGGGCUGGACGGCGUCCGGCCCGACAGGUUUGUGCUGGCGAGCGCUGCCAGUGCUUGCUCUGUGCUUGGGUUUGUAGAGGGCGGCAGGCAGAUACAUGGCUAUGCGUACCGAACCGCGGCGGAGUCAGAUGCGUCGGUGAUCAAUGCGCUCAUCGAUCUGUACUGUAAGUGCUCCAGGCUCUUGUUGGCUCGCAGGCUGUUUGAUUCCAUGGAGAACCGCAAUCUUGUGUCUUGGACGACGAUGAUAGCUGGUUACAUGCAGAAUUCGCUCGAUGCUGAAGCCAUGUCCAUGUUCUGGCAGCUGAGCCGGGCUGGGUGGCAGCCUGAUGUUUUUGCCUGCACAAGCAUCUUGAACUCGUGUGGCUCUUUGGCAGCGAUAUCGCAAGGAAGGCAGGUACAUGCUCACGCCAUAAAGGCUGAUCUAGAGUCUGAUGAGUAUGUCAAGAAUGCUCUGAUUGACAUGUAUGCUAAGUGCGAGCAUCUAACAGAAGCAAGAGCUGUAUUUGAAGCCUUGGCAGAAGAUGAUACGAUUUCUUACAAUGCAAUGAUCGAAGGAUAUGCAAGGCUGGGGGACCUUACAGGAGCAGUUGAAAUAUUCAGUAAGAUGAGAUAUUCCUCACUAAAGCCAAGCCUACUGACAUUUGUUUCGCUGCUUGGGGUGUCCUCAUCUCGGUCAGACCUUGAACUGAGCAAGCAGAUUCAUGGUCUCAUCGUCAAAUCAGGAACUUCAUUGGACCUAUAUGCAGGGAGUUCUCUGAUCGAUGUCUAUUCAAAGUUUUCCCUUGUGGACGAUGCGAAAGUUGUAUUCAGCCUGAUGCACAACAGGGACAUGGUAAUUUGGAAUGCUAUGAUUUUUGGCCUUGCACAGAAUGAGCGAGGGGAAGAGGCUGUGAAGCUCUUUAACCAGCUUCGUCUCUCUGGGCUAACACCUAAUGAGUUCACGUUUGUUGCACUAGUGACUGUGGCAAGUGCUCUGGCAAGCAUUUUUCACGGUCAGCAGUUCCAUGCUCAGAUCAUCAAAGCAGGUGCGGACAGUGACCCCCAUGUUUCAAAUGCUCUCAUAGACAUGUAUGCAAAGUGUGGCUUCAUCGAAGAAGGACGGCUGUUGUUUGAGUCAACACUGGGAAAGGACGUCAUCUGUUGGAACUCGAUGAUUUCUACAUAUGCGCAGCACGGUCAUGCUGAGGAAGCUCUUCGUGUUUUUGGGAUGAUGGGAGGGGCUGGAGUAGAGCCGAACUAUGUGACAUUUGUCGGUGUGCUGUCAGCAUGUGCUCAUGCAGGCCUUGUGAAUGAAGGCUUACAUCAUUUUAAUUCUAUGAAAACAAAAUAUGCAGUUGAACCAGGCACCGAGCACUAUGCUUCUGUGGUCAACCUUUUUGGUCGUUCAGGCAAACUGCAUGCUGCCAAGGAGUUUAUUGAAAAGAUGCCGAUUGAACCAGCUGCGGUUGUUUGGAGGAGCUUGCUGAGUGCCUGCCAUCUGUUUGGUAAUGUUGAAAUCGGGGCGUAUGCCGCUGAAAUGGCACUCUUGGCGGAUCCUAUGGAUAGUGGCCCCUCUGUUCUUAUGUCAAAUAUUUAUGCCUCUAAAGGACUGUGGGCUGAUGCACAGAAGUUGAGACAGGGGAUGGACUCUGCUGGCGUUGCGAAGGAAGCAGGAUAUAGCUGGUGAAGGAGGUUCAUAUACAUUCUUCGCAAGAGGACGAGAACACACAGAGGCAGAAGUGAUACAUGCAGUACUGGAUGAGCUGACAAGUCUACUUAAAAAUUCUGGGUAUCUCCCUGAUACCUCUGAACUUUACUUUGCUUGAUGAGAAUGGUUGAUGGUACUUACUGAAUGGUAACUUACAUAGUUUUCAGUGUGUAGACAGAUGGUCUUGGAUGAACUGUUCUGGCUACGUCCCCAAACAUAACUAAUACUGGGAGGAUGAUGCUUUGAUAUAGUAGUUCUGGCUGUAUUCUUUGAUAACUUUUGUGUGUUUUACAACAGCUUGUCCAACGACUAUCUGGCUAUGUACUACUUACUGAAAGAGACCAGAGUUGGAAUGACUUGAUCAGAUCAAAUGCAAAGUAUCUUACCGCGCAUGUUCACUGUGGGCUUGACAAAUGCAUCACUGCGCAUAGCCAUGCUUAACUCUGAUUUGAAGGUUCAGUGUUGUUAGCUACUCAUGAGGUAACAAGAAUACAAUAUUUCCCUUGCAGUAAUUUGAAUCUUCUUGUUUCUAAGAAAAAAAGGGAAACUUGAAUCUUCUGUACAGGAAAAUGAUUUUUCAUUGGAUAAUAUUAAACUACUGCUUAACUAGCCAAUAAUACUGGAACAUUAGCGUGCUUUGAUUCAGCUGAACCUGUUCCUGAAAAAGUGAAUUAGAAGUUGCCAUUUAUCUAUCUACUAAGAUGGCGUGCUGGAGGGUUCGACAUGGUCUUUUUUCUACUAGACUGCAGUUCCAGCGAGGUCGAGUGCCACGUCGUCUGGGCCAGCAUGCUCACAGAGUUCAUCCUUGAUGGCGAUGGCUGGAUGGACUUUGACGAUGUCAGCCUCGUCGACGGCUACAACAUGCCCAUGCCAUGUUGGUUCACAAGCGCUGCCCCCUGUGAGCUCUGCUCCAGUUACGAGGACACCAUCUCCACAUUCGCUUGCAACCACACAAACUACAGCAUGACCUUCUGCCCACAGUCCAAUCCAAACAGCAUAUGGGGAUUGAUAUGCUGAGUACGAGUGGUUACAUGUAUUCAGAAAACUGGACAAGGAGCAUGGGAAGAAAGCUAUAAUUUUUGGUGUUCCGGCUAUAGCUGAAUGGUUCAGAAGCAAAGUCCAUUUUGUGCCAUCUGUAGCUGCCCUGGGGUCUGCCCUUUUGGCUGCAGUAAAGGCAUAAACAACAAGCAGAUCAACAGGAAGAUCGAAGCAAGCCACAUAGUCCAACCCCCUUGUUACAAGGACGAGCACCAGGUCCUGGGCCAGCCAUUCUGCUGUAAAAAGGAUAAGCUGUGCUGGCAAAAUCUUGGAGAAUGCUUCAUAAACUGCCCGUGCAAGAUUAAUUGCCAACCAUCAGCAGCAACACAGAACCACAUGAUACCAACAUCUAAACACACAUAAACAAGUAUUAAUCCUAUGUUCUUGCUAAUGAUGAAACUGAAAUCAUAAGCCAAUACAACAGUUUAUGCUGAUGUAAUGCAAACUGAGAAAGAAACCUACCUUUGCAGUUUGACA